AUGGAAAAAAGCGCGGACGGAUUAUUGUUUCGCGCAGAGAGAAAUAAUGGAGCUAACGAAGGAACAUUGGGCAUGGCAUGUGUUGAUGAAAAAGUGGCCAUUCUGGAUGCAGGGGCACAAUAUGGUAAAGUGAUAGAUAGAAAAAUUCGUGAAUUAAAUGUACACAGUGAAAUUUUGCCCCUGGAUACAUCUGCAUUUACUCUCCAAGAAAAGGGUUAUAAAGCCAUCAUAAUUUCUGGAGGGCCAAGUUCAGUCUACGCAGAAGAUGCACCUAAAUACGAUGCAGACAUUUUCAGAAUAGGAAUUCCAGUGCUAGGUAUUUGUUAUGGCAUGCAAAUGAUGAAUAAGGAAUUUGGUGGUACAGUAAUAAGUAAAGAGGGCCGAGAAGAUGGUCAGUUUCCCAUUGAAAUAGACUCUAAAUGCCUGUUAUUUAAGGGUUUGGAGAAAGAGCAAAUGGUACUGUUAACACAUGGAGACAGUAUAGAUAGGGUGGCUGAUAGUUUUCAUAUCACUGCCAGAUCAUCAAACUUUAUAGCAGGAAUAGCAAGUGAUAAAAUGAACUUGUAUGGAGUACAAUUUCACCCAGAAGUAGAUCUUACACCCAACGGAAAAACAAUGUUACACAAUUUUUUGUUCGGCAUCGCUGGCCUCACUGGUAAUUAUACGCUCCGCGGUCGAGAGGCACAGUGUAUUCAGUACAUCAGAGAUACGAUUGGCAACAAAAAAGUUUUGUUAUUAGUGAGCGGCGGUGUGGAUUCUACAGUAUGUGCAGCACUUCUACAUAAAGCUUUAAAUAAGGAACAAGUCAUAGCUCUGCAUAUCAAUAACGGCUUUAUGCGAAAAGGAGAGACACAGUUUGUGGAACAAAGUUUAGCACAAUUGGGAAUUCGAUUAAGAGUUGUGAAUGCCGGACGUUGCUUCAUGCAAGGAACUACAUCUGUUCCCUUGGAUAAUGUUACUCCAGUAGCCAAUACAAAUACUAUAAAUAACAAAGGAAUAUGUGGGACAGCAACUAGCCCAAGAACUAGAUUAACUAAAAUGUUGUGUGCAACGACCAAUCCAGAAGAAAAACGAAAAAUUAUAGGAGAUGUUUUUGUAAGAGUAGCCAAUGAAGCAAUGGCAGAGAUGGGUUUGAAGCCAGAGGAAGUAUUUCUUGGACAAGGCACUCUUAGGCCUGACCUUAUAGAAAGUGCCAGUUCAUUAGCUAGUGGUAAAGCAGAUGCAAUAAAGACGCAUCACAAUGAUAGUGAACUUGUUAGAGCAUUAAGAGCACAAGGUCAUGUAGUAGAACCUUUAAAAGAUUUUCAUAAGGAUGAAGUAAGACAAUUAGGAUGUGAUCUUGGGUUACCUGCGUCAUUGGUUGCUCGUCAUCCGUUUCCCGGUCCUGGACUAGCUGUGCGCAUUCUAUGCGCGGAUGAACCUUAUAUGGAUAAAGAUUUCUCGGAAACACAGGUGAUAGUUAAAAUAAUGGCCGAAUACGAACAAAUGCUUCAAAAGAAGCACGGAUUACUGAAUCGUGUGGAAGGUGCAACUAGUGAAUCUGAACGUCAGUAUUUGCGACAGCUUUCGAGUUACCGACAUAUUUCUGCAACACUUUUGCCUAUACGCAGUGUAGGGGUGCAGGGAGAUCGAAGAAGUUACAGCUAUGUAGUAGGAUUAUCUAGCGAAGAAAACUUGUCCGAGGGUAUAGAUUGGAAGGAUCUGUUGUUCCUCGCAAAACUAAUUCCACGAGUAUGUCAUAACGUAAAUCGUGUGUGCUUCAUUUUUGGCUCUCAACUACAUCAUCCUGUAACGGAUAUCACGCCGACUCAUCUUACAUCGAAUGUGAUAGCUACGCUUCGACAAGCAGAUCACGUAGCAAACUUAGUAUUAGCUACUAAUGGCUGUAUGGGAGCAAUCAGUCAAAUGCCAGUAGUUUUAAUUCCCAUACAUUUCGAUCGCGACGCUGCUUCACGAAUACCCUCAUGUCAACGUUCAGUUGUUCUUAGGCCAUUCGUUACUAAUGAUUUUAUGACUGGUACACCGGCUAUUCCUGGGAAGGAAUUGCCACUGCACAUAUAUAUAUUACAAAAAUACGUACGAAUUCGAGGUUUAUGACUUCUUACCGAUUUAUAUGAAACCUUUGAGCAUAGUUCUUUCAGAAAAAAAAAAAAGUAUGUUCUCGAUUGUAAAUUAAUAUGUUACCUAAAGAAUACUGAUACUGUGUUCAAUGAAAUUGAAGGUAAGUAUCAUGUUUGCUUGUAAAUAGGUUUCUUAUUAACCUCAUUGUAAAAAUAUUAAUUUAUUAAAUUCCGAAAAAUUUACAUUACAUCACUGUUACACUGCAAAAGAUUGCAUUUGAUUGGUGGUACCAUGAGGUUACUGUUAUAUUCAAUUUGCAUAUAAUGUUGAACGUAUUUUACUGUUUUCCUAUAUGUCCCAUGCCAAAUGCAAUUUCCAGUUUUUGUCAUACAUCUAAAAAUACGAACAUAAAUAAGUUAAUGUACUGUCUUUAAUAUCAUUUUUAUUUAUCAAUCAUAACUGAGUAAAACGAUAUCUAUUCCCUGAAUCCUCUGUGUUACAUUACUAAAUAUCCACCUAUUACAAGGGUGUACGUGUGAAACUUGUAUAAUAGAUUACCUAUGCAUGGUUUUUAAUAACACGUGUAAGUCUUCGAUGCGUUUCUUUUCCGGGAGCAUGCUAAGAAAUGUCGCGAGCGACAAAAAGUCUACUUCGUUCACGAUCUUAGAAUUAGCGAUCCACGUUUGUAUUUGCAUUUUUACCUGCAACCAUGUAUUUUAUAUUUGCACUAAUCCUAUGAAAAUUAUUUACAAACGGACGACGAGCAUGCAUUACUCGCCUCCUCUUCGAUCAAAAUUAAAUACCAAUCCUAUCCAACAUCUUUUUAAGUUAAAUAAUCUAUAACGAUAUAAAAUAGCAAUAUAAAGACGUAUAAAAGCUACCUGUUUCAAAGGUAGAUUAAGUAAACGAUUUACGAGAUCAAGUAAAAUAUCCUGAUAUUGGUUUGCAGUGUCAUUGUCUUCCGAGAUAGUACGAUUGUGAGAAAGAAUAGCCUCUGUAUCAUCCGCAGUAAUUUCAUCAUUCGCAGAUUCGGUUUCUCCUUCUAAAGGUAUUAUGAAUUUUCCAAUACCAGCAUUAGCUUUAUUCUCUACGUUUUCAGACUUGUUUACAUUUUUAAUUGUCCUGAGCGCUGCUUGCCCAUUUUUCUUCCUAUUUUUAUAAUGCGUUCCUUUACCAUUUUUAUUACUGUUUUUAUUUUUAGAGUUAAGUUCCACUUUUUUAUUAUGUUUCGCGUUCUCAUGUUUCAUCAGUCCAUUAUUAUUUGUCUCAUCCUUUUUUAUUUUCGAACUAUGUUCCGCUUUUUUAGCGAUACAAUACAUUUGAACAUCGCGUCUUAGAUCUUCCGACAGUGCCUCUAAAAAUUCUGGAUCUACUUGUGAGUAAGAUAUGUUUUGCUCAUCGCGAUUUAUUUCUGUAGAAGUUGAUGCUUUACUAGUUGAAGAUUUACUAUCCGUCCCUGUGUUCAGGUUCGUUUGAUUCUGAUUUUUCUUAGCGACACUGUAUUCAUUAAGGAUCUCAUUCCGUAUAUCUUCAGGUAAUUCUAUUAAAACGGACAUAUCAAUCUCUUGAAUAGGUGGCAUUUCCACCUUUGGUCUAGAAAUGCCAGCUUUCGUUUGUUUAAAAAAAUUCUCAUGAUGCGUUUGCACACUUUUCUGUGGUUGUACUUUCUUCGUAUUUUGUAUGUUAACAGUCGCUUGAUCUUUAUUAUCCUCCAUUAAUUUCUUAUCAUUGUUAGGAUACAAAAUUUCAUUUCGUAUUUCUUCCGGAAGUUCAGGAAGAACUGACUUGUUCAUGCCAGGUGGAAUAUCCAAUUUUUGUUUAUUAUCAAUAUUAUCGGAUAUUGUCGCGGCUACAUUUGAAUUUGUUACAAGUUGAACUACAUUGCCUUCAUUCAUUUCCACAGAUUGUUGAACCGUGCUACCUGGUUUGCUUUUAAUGAAAUUUGUCAGAAUUGUACCACGAGACUUAUUUUUUACUAUUUCUAGUCUAGAUAUUUGUAUGCCGAUGCCUCUUGCAUCUUCAGGCACUUUUUGUAUUUGAUUCCAAAGCGUAAUGACUUCCCUAAAGUAAACACGAACGAAUUAUUUUUUCAUAUAGGAAUAUCAAGAAUAUCUUUCAACUUACUUCGUUAUAAUAUCGACAUCGUUAAUGGGAGAGAUCAAAUUUUUUGAUUUCGUUAUGUAAUCACACAACCCAUGUCCCAUAAAUUUUUCAGUUUCCUUAGGCGCUUCCUUCGCUCUGAUUAAAAGUUUUAACGUAAUGCAUCUACCUUUUGCGUGAAUUUUAUUUAAACGAUUGCAUACUUCAUGACAUAACUUUUUUAAAAAGUCUACUGCUUGAUCAUUGUUCUCAAACCUUAUUCCAUAAUUUACCUCUGCGGAAACAGACUUUCUAACGUGUUCUAAAUUAAGCUUCGAGUUAUCUACACCACGACACAUGUUAUAUAAUAUUUCACCCGUUUUUUUCCCAAAUUCCUUCUGUAAUAUCGUCAACGAGAUUGUUUGCAAUUCAGCACACGUUCGUACAUUAAGAUUCUUUAAUUUAUGUGUUGUCGUCCACCCAACCCCUAUUAAUUAAUUUAAUUAAGAUUAUAAUUUAAGUAAUUAUGGAACAUACAUAGCACUAUCGAUUAAUUUAAUUAUUCCCUAUUACCUGGUAAAUCUUGCACAUUAAAAGUGCUAAUGCAAUCAUUAAUAUGUUCCUGCUGUAUAUAAAAUUGACCAUCUGGCUUUGCUUUUCUUGUUGCUAAUCUUGCCAAUAGUUUAUUACUUCCAAACCCUGUUGACACAGGACAGCCAGUUUUUUCUUUUAUUUCCUGUCUAAUUAUAGUUGCAAAUUGUAUCGGUGUUAAACAAGAUUCUUCUAAUAUUUUUGUACAGUCUGCAUACAUCUCGUCACAACUAACUGCUUCAAUAUCUAAUGUGUAUGAUGCCACAAUAUCAUACAACAUAUAAGAAACUUCUGUAUAGCCAUCAAAAUUAUAUGGUAUUGGUUUUAAAUUGGGACAUAUUUUUAAUGCUUCUCCUAAGAACAUGCCAUUUUUCACACCAGCUUUCCUUGCUUCAUAAGAACAAGAGGCUAUUUCUGACAAUGAACCAUGUUCUCCAUCCUUAUUGCCUUUUGCAUGUGUUACUGCAAUUGGUAAGCCUUUCAAUUCUGGUCUAUCUCUAAGACCAACUGAGACAAAAAAACAAUCCAUAUCUAUAUGCAUUAUAAUACAACCGUGACUAAUUAUCUUGUUUUCUUCUGGUAAAUCAUUAAGCUUAAGAUCAAAGUCCAAUUGAGAACCAAAUAAUGAUCUAUUCAAUCUAAUAUCUUUCAACUUAGUAAAGCCAGGAAAUUUACCAUUAUUUUUAUCUCUUAAUUCAUUAACAUACUCUUUAAAUGUGGCUCCCAUGGUUGAAAUGUGAUGUAAUCGUGAGUUACUGUAAAAUUCUGAUAUAAAUUCUGAAUUUUUUGUCGAAUGAGUAUCUCUUGAAUUUAUUGGUAAAGCAAGGUUGGAGGUACUUUCUUUUAUUGAAGUAUGUGUUAUUGUUUCAGCUCUAUUAUUAUCGAUUUUUAGACUAUUUAUUUCAUCAUUUUUUGAAAAAGUAAUGUCUGUUUUAUUUUUUAUAUUUUGUAUUACAUAGUUUAAUUGUGGUUGUACAUCUGUACAAUGGGAAUAA